AUGGCGCCUAAACUGGUACUGAAAUGCCCUCCACCUCCCCCAAUCCUGUCCUCUCCCCCUCCAAGUCUUUUACAAAUUGUCCGUUCAUCGUCAACCGCAAACCCCAAUCUACAGCUUUCUGGAAAAGUCACGAUGAAUCAAUUCAGUAUGAUGACUGAUCCGAGUGAGACGACUGGUCUCAGUGAGACGGAUGAUUACAGUGAGGCCGAUGAUCUCAGCAAGAUCGAUGAAUUUGUCAUGUGGGAGUACCUCGAGGCCAAGAAGCAAAAGGUAGUGGCAGAGAAGAAACGACUGGAGGCCGAGAUCGAAAGACUGGAAAAGUGCCAGAUGGAGACCAGAGAUGGUUGCCCUGAUGGAUACAGAGCACAGGCGGUUUCGACAUUCUACGAGAAGCCUCGACAGGCAUAUCCCCCCGUUCACCGAUGCCCAACUGAGGUAGAGGCGAACAUUCAUCAUUUCCCGGUGGUCAGAACCAGCAUCGAGUUGCUGAAGGUGGUGCUGCACACAAUGAUUUCGACCAUCUUCUUCAGUCGAGAACUUCUGCCCCUGAGUUCUUUCGGAGUACGGGAUCUUCCCAUCUGCUUCAGCGAUGAGAAGUUCAGUUUCGAAGACCACUUCCUGAACAACGGGGCCGAGCCGGAGGAGGCCUACCCACUGCAGUUGGACUGGGGACGCGUCCCGGUGAUGGAGAGAAACAGAGACAAGAAUACGGACGACAUUCUCGAUCAUCUCGAGAAUAAGUUCGUUGAGUCUCUGAUGAAACGUGAGCUGCUGGGACUUCAGUUCAUAAUCGUCAAGGACGCAGCUCGUCCGUUGGAAGUCUACGAGACAUAUACCAUCUCCAUCGACUACAGUGGAAGUCGUGGGUGCUCUGACCGGAGGGGGGAGAAGCCGGACUUUCACGAUCCAAUGGAGGAUUACAAGUCCUCCGUGGAGAUCAAGAAGGCGAUCCUGGACAUGUUCCGUCACAUCUACAUUGUGACCAACAAAAUCACCACCUUGCCCGAGCAACGCUGUCUCAUCUUCCACACCUUCCACACACCCUGGGCCCCGGAGAGCAAGAACGGCGACGAGUUCGACAGUUCCUGGGACGAUGUCCUCGCCUUUCCAACCAUCUGUGGAUGGAGAAGGAAUACGGUUUCCUCCCGCGUCGGCUCGCCCCGGCUAAUGAUCAAAAGCGCAACUCUCAACGUCACUUUCAUCAACUCACCCGAGUCGAACGAGAAGGCUCAUGGUAUCCCCACCCAGAUGCCAACUCAGAUUCAGUUCCGAGGUUGCCGACUACGUGACGAGGAUAUGGAAUGGGCAUAUGGCACCCAAUGGGUCGAGGAUGAACUUGACGAGAGAGCUGCGGCCAAGGAGAUUAAGCUGGAGCAGAUUAAGCUGGAGAAGCCCACGUCCGAGGAGCCUACGCCCGAGGAGCCUACGCCCGAGGAGCCUACGCCCAAGGAGACUGCGCCCGAGGAGACUGCGCCCGAGGAGACUGCGCCCGAGGAGACUGCGCCUGAGGAGACCACGCCCGAGAAGGCUGCAACCCCAGAGCGUGCAAUCAAAAGAGACGCAGACGAGGAAGCAGACGAAGAUGGACCCCGGAAGAAGGCAAAGACCGCAUGA